AUGAAGAUGAAAGACAACGUGCUUGACGGACCCUACUACGUUUACAGCAAAAACAACUUGAGCCCCUUUGGGAUGUGGCCAUUACAGAGCUAUAAAAAAAAGGUGCUGCUUCGUACGUUAAUAUAUUUGGGCUGCAAUUCGGUUUUUAUUCCUCACGUUUGCAAAGCAUAUGAAGUACGUAAUAAUUUCCAAUACUUUUUUAUCUGUAUUCCUAGCGUUAUUUUUUACAUCCACGUGAUGCUAAAAAUGGCCUGUAUGAUACUCAACGAAGAUAAAUGCAAAGAAUUGUUUAAACAAAUCAAGAAUGAUUUCGAAAUUUAUACAGGCGAGAGCUUGAGGAUUCUUAACAAGUACGCUGAACAAGCACGUAAAGUUAAUCGUGUCUAUGUCUAUUACUUCAUGGGUACAAUAGUGGCAUACAACACGUUGGCGUUCAUGCCGUUGUUCCUGGAUUUUCUCGUACCUCUGAAUGAGACACGACCACGUAUCAUAACUAAACAUAUGAAAUACAACAUCAAGCGGAUUGAGAACAAUUAUUUCGUUACGACGCUGCACGGCUACGUAUUCAACAUUCUCGGCAUGAUGGUCGUUGUAGGCUUUGACUCGCUGCUGCUAAGUUAUACACAGCAUGCUUGUGCCCUAUUUCAAGUCGUGAGAAAUGAGCUGAAAGAUACCAUCGACAAGCAUGAGAUCGAAGUCACUUCACAUGCCGCAAAGGAUGCUAAUUCUCGAGAUGUGUUCUACCAAGAGGUCGUCAAGGUCAUUAUCAAGCACAAGCACGCCAUAGAAUUCGCGGAUCUCGUAGAGUCGACUUAUGCAGUGACUAACCUCCUCGUCAUCGGCAUAACAUUAGGCUUUAUAACAUUGGUAGAAUUUGAAACUGUGCAGCAUAAGGAUAACCGCGCAUUGGGGAUCAGGUUCGCAAUCAUCACGAUUGUUGAGCUACUCCAUAUUCUCUUUCAUAACUAUCCUGGACAAAGGAUCAAGGAUCACAGCUUGAGGGUUCAUCAGUCGUGCUAUGACUGCGAGUGGUACAGGGAGGGCAUAACCGACGAGUGCAAGAAGCUUUUGAGCUUCAUGAUGCUGCGGAGUCAGAAGCCGAGUUGCUUGACUGGUGGUGGACUUUACGUUCUGGGAAUGGAAAACUAUGCAACGAUUCUCAAAGCAUCCCUGUCGUACUUCACUUUCCUGUCAUCCGUGUGA